AUGAGUUCAAGUAGCAAACUGGCCAAGACCUUAGCUCGCUUUCAAGCACGAAUUGAAAGUGGUGACUUUUAUGAAGCUCACCAAACAUUGCGGACUAUAGCGAAUCGAUACGUGCGGAGCAAGAGCUACAACGAUGCUAUUGACUUGAUUUCACAAGGAGCAGAGGCUUUUUUGAAAGCCAAGCAAGGAGGAUCAGCUACAGACCUAAUUUUUUAUCUUCUUGAGGUGUAUGAUGUGGCAGGAGUGGUCGUCAGCGAGGUCGCCGUUGCCAGACUGGUACAGCUGCUCGCAAGUUUAGAUUCAGACGAACCAAACAUUAAAGACGUGGCGACUGGAAUGAACAACUGGUCAGUGAAAUUUGGACCGUACAAGUAUGGAGAUCCAUACCUACACGCUGUGAUAGGUUCCAAACUUGCAGAAGGUGGUCAUGUCUAUGAGGCAGAGCGCUAUCUGGUGCUGGGCACUCACGACUCGCUUGAUCAGUAUGUAGCGCUUCUGUGGGAAUGGUUCUUGCAGUCUGGUGACACAAAGACGGUAGGAGAGUUCUUCUCCAGGCCAAUCUUCAACUACCUUUUUAUAGGAAACUUUCAGAACGCUUAUGGCGCCAAGGACAAGUUUCUAAGCAAAUUCAUUGAGUAUUCGCGCGCUGAGUGCGAAAAGGUGAUCAAGAAUGGGUUUGAAAUGUGGUAUUUUAAGGACUACGCAGAAUUGAAUUUCUUACAGUUGUUGAUCCUCACAUGCCAAACACAAAAUGCCGAUCUGUUCAAUAAUCUCAAGGCCCACUACGCGGGAUCCAUCGACCAAUACAGCGGACAAUUAGAGUUUUUGGGCCAAGAACAUUUUGGGAUUAAGAUCCAGAAGCCUGUGAAUUUUAUGCAAGAUAUAAUGUCCGGCCUGUUAGGCGGUAAGUAG